ACGGAUCUGGGCUCAGCUCCUUCAGCUGUGAACUGGGAGARACUGGGAUAAGCUGGGAUGAGGAGUUGCUCCUUACCCCAACAGUGGGGGCUCUGGUGAAGUUUAAGACUAUGGAACAGCCUGGGGUGCCUAGCAGUGGUGGAUAGGGCUGGUGGGUGAUGAAACAUCCUGGUGGGGAGUGAAGCUGGGUGAUCCCUGGAGCUGGCAGAGGCAGAUUCACUGUGGUGGGACAGGGUUUAGCUUCCUGUGGGACUGGUGAGGCAGCAGCCUGCCCUGGGCAGUGCCCACCAGGACAMACAGUCACACAUCAGGACUUGGAAAGAAUCUACAUCUUCCUUUCUGCUUCUGCCCCAAAUCCAAAGUAAUUUUCCAAGUUCAGCUCCCAUCACUGCAUCCGUGUGACCCAGCAUCCAUCCUGUAAGAAUGGGGACCGUGACACUGGUAUUGUCCCUGCUGGCGGUGGCUAUCCUGUCCCCGGUCACAGCCACGCUGCGUGUCGGUGCCUUCAACAUCCAGUCCUUUGGUGACACCAAGAUGUCCAACAAGGAAGUGGCAGAGAUCAUCAUCAACGUCCUGCUCCGCUAYGACGUGGUGCUGGUGCAGGAGGUGCGCGACUCCGACCUCAGCGCCGUCACCGAGCUCAUGGAGCAGCUCAACAGUGCAUCCAAAUCCCCAUAUGACUAUGAGAUCAGUGGGCCCCUGGGACGGGACAACUACAAGGAGAUGUACCUGUUCAUCUACAGGACAGAUGUUGUGUCUGUGGUGGACACCUACCAAUAUGAGGACCCCCAGGAUGUCUUCAGCCGGGCACCCUUCAUCCUCAGGGUCUCAGCACCCAGCACCAAGGUGAAGGAGUUUGUGCUGGUGCCCCUGCACUCGGCCCCACACGAUGCCGUUGCUGAGAUUGACGCGCUCUAUGAUGUCUACCUGGCCAUCAUCAACAAGUGGGGGACUGAUAACAUGAUGUUCCUGGGGGACUUCAACGCCGACUGCUCCUAUGUCCAGCCGGGUGACUGGUCAUCCAUCCGCCUGCGCACCAGUGAUGUCUUCAAGUGGCUGCUCCCCGACAGCACUGACACCACUGUGGGCAAGUCAGACUGUGCCUAUGAUAGGAUUGUGGUGUGUGGCAACAAGCUGAAGAGAAGCAUCGUGUCCAAUUCAGCUGGAAUCUACAAUUUCCAGCGUGCUUUCCAGUUGGACCAGGAGGAGGCCCUGGCAGUCAGUGACCACUACCCGGUUGAGGUGAAGCUGACAGCCUGAGCUCCUCCUGCAGCCACAGACCAGGAUCCAGCUCCGGCUCCCACCACCAACCCCAUGCAGGUGCUCCACUCAGCCUGAUCCACAAGCCCUGUGCAUGGGCUGCUCCACAUCUCUGCCUGGAGAAGGAUGGCAGCUGGCUGUGCCCAGACCCUCCAGCCCCAUGAACCAGAGCCUGAGGACAGGCCACCAGCCAGGACACUGUGACACAGACAAGCCAUGGAACAAAGCAUCCAUCUCCUACCUCAUYGAAGAUUUAUUGGCAAACCUCAUUUCAUGAUUAAGUGUUGGACAGGAGGGAGGACAUCCAAGGAGCUUCGGGCCUGGGCCACAGCAUGCUGAGACCCUGUCCCUGUCCAUUUCUUGGGGGGCUGAGAGGGCUCUCCCCACCCUCAGGGAAGGCARCAGUGGUGUCAGGCACUCUACAGGCACAAAGGAAAGGAGGGGCUGGGGCGGCCGUGGGAGCAGGUGGCACGUCACCGGUGGCUGGUACUGCAGGUGGCUUCACUGUCAGACCAACAGCUACUGCAGCAUUUCAGAGGGUGACUCGACCCCCCAGGACCGGCUGGAUCCUCAGCUCUUCCUCUUCUUCAGCAUCUCCAUGUACAUGCGAAGGGACUUCUGGAUGGACUCUUUUGACACRAAGGUGAUGAAGUUCUUGAUGUCUUCCUCCCGGUGAGCCACCAGGCGGUCCAACACCGCCUUCCUCAUCAUGGUCUUGGUGAGCUGGCGGGCAUGGUCUGUGGAAAGGACAGCAAGGAUGAGGAGCAUGCCCUGUCCUCACCCCUGACCAGCUCUCAAAGCUACCAAAUGCCAGUGUAAUGGGGAGGGAUCACACAGCAAAGUGCUUUGAAACCAGCAGGGAAAGGGGUAAGAAAAACCCACCAGCUGGGAGCUGAACUGGAUAAAUUCUCAUACAAUAAAUUAUGGUUGUACUGUUCA